CUACCGCCCCUGUUGAGUUACAUUGCAGCAAGCGUAACCAUCUAUGUCAAUACAAUGAUGUAUCAGAUGGCUGUAAUUACGGUUUGUUGUUUUUGAAAGGUCUUUAUGCGACGAGUUAUAACAUGAUAACUUGCAGCAGUCGUUUCACAGCAUACUACGACGAGUUUGAGGAACUCAUGUAUGAGCAUCGAAUCGAAUGCUGAGAAUUCAUUGUGCAAGACAUCUUUCAAUAACUCGAAAUAAUUUUUCUAAACGAACGAGCCUUGUUGCCUUUUGGAUGCCUGUAGCGACAGACUCCAAACAGACCUAAUCAGAGGCCCACAUUCCAUGCCUGGGGUUCCGUUUUAAGCUCUAAGCCAGUCAAUGAUGCUAACCCCCACCACCCCUGAAGCAGAGGACAAGGCCUAUUGCUGUGACUCCCCACAGAAGCUUGCGUCUCAAUUCUCCCACUCAUGCCUGUGAUCCCCAUCCCUCGGCGUGUGCGUAGCUUCCAUGGUCCCCACACCACCUGCAUGCACUCGGCCUGUGGGCCUGCUCGCACCACCCAGCUUGUGCGCACCAAGUACAACAACUUUGACCUUUACCUGCGCUCACGCUGCAUGUACGGCUUCCUGCGCUUCCUGCUCUACUUCGGAUGCAGCCUUCUGACCUCCCUCCUCUGGGUGGCGCUGUCGGCUCUAUUCUGCCUGCAGUACGUGAGCGCCCGUGUCUUCCUGCGACUGCAGUACAAGCUGUCCGUCAUCCUGUUGUUGCUAGGACACCGGCGCCUUGACUUUGGGGUGCUCAACAACCUGUUUAUCUACAGUAUGCAGGUCACAAUGUUCCUGGUGGGAGGCCUGGGCUGGUGCUUCAUGGUGUUUGUGGAUAUGUAGCUUCUGGUGACAACAGUGACCAUGGAUUUUUUAUUAUAAAAAAAAAAAUUAACCUUUAUUUAACCGGGUAGGCCAGUUGAGAACAAGUUCU